CGAAGGUUGCAAGUAUAGCAUGGAAGUACUUCAGCGCUUGAUGAUGGACACGAGCCUGCACUGGUACGUGUACUGUAUGGGACUCGGCUGGAGCUCCUAGUGUCCGAGUCCCAGGCGGGAGGGUGAAGUGGUGAUCGAGCAAACAAGGGGCCAAACAAGGACAGACAGCUUGUUUCCUCCGCCCUCAGGUCACAGGUGAGUUGGACUGCCCCAGACCUGCCGUCCCCGCCGCGGCGAUCGAACACGACUUUGCAUCCGACUCUGUGCAGAGCUGGACCCCGCAAGCGCCGACACCCCAUCCUAUCUACAAUUCCACCUCUUACAUCCUGGCGCCAACACUCCUCUCCGUUCUCACCAAGUUCGCAAAGUCCCGGUCCCAUUCCCCUCAGCCAGGCUCCCCCGCCGGCUCCCAGGCUCAACCCAUGGGACAGCAGCAGUCAAAGAAGUCGAAGAAGGCCGCAAAGGACAAGGACCCAGAUAGCCAACACGACGACGAGUCCCCCUCCGCUACGCCACAGGGCAGUCUCUCCCGCGCGACCAAUUCGAACGUCCUCGAUGCCGCGUCAGAGAAUGGCUCCCCCUCGGCCGGCACCCCAGACCCUUCGUCGGCCAACGCUACCUCUCAGCAAUCAGGCUCCCUCCCUGUCCCCGUGAUUAACAACCAGUCGUCCUCCUCCUUGCUCGCCCAGGGCUCAAAUUCAUCUGCAACCGGCACCGCAUCCAAGUCCCCACCAGCUCCACUCGACAUUCCUUCAAACCAGACGCCCCUCGUCUCCUCCUUUGCACCUGGCUCAGUUUCCACCCAGCCUUCAGCCUCUGCCCAAGGCAGCCUUUCUGCCACUGACGCUGCUGUCAACGGCAAGGACAAGCCGAAGCAGUUUGACAUUGACGACAUGAUACAGCGACUGCUUGAUGUCGGUUACACCGGCAAAGUCAGCAAAUCGCUUUGUCUUAAGAACAAUGAGAUAGCUGCCAUAUGCCAGGCAGCGCGAGAGGUAUUCCUCAGCCAGCCGACGCUCAUUGAACUCUCCCCACCUGUCAAAAUCGUCGGCGACGUCCACGGCCAGUAUUCUGACCUUAUCCGACUGUUUGAGAUGUGCGGGUUUCCUCCAGCGGCCAAUUACCUGUUCCUGGGUGACUAUGUUGAUCGAGGGAAGCAGAGCCUUGAGACCAUCCUGUUGCUUCUUUGUUACAAGAUCAAAUAUCCCGAGAACUUCUUCCUGCUCCGCGGUAAUCACGAGUGCGCUAAUGUCACUCGAGUAUAUGGCUUCUACGACGAGUGCAAGCGGCGGUGCAACAUCAAGACGUGGAAGACAUUCAUUGAUGUCUUCAACUGCUUGCCCAUUGCAGCUAUAGUAGCUUCGAAGAUUUUCUGCGUCCAUGGUGGCUUGUCCCCAUCCCAACACUCGAUGGAUGACAUAAAACGUAUCCAACGACCCACCGAUGUACCGGACUAUGGAUUGCUCAACGAUCUUCUCUGGUCGGAUCCUUCAGACACGGCACAGGAGUGGGAAGAUAACGAACGAGGGGUCAGUUAUUGCUUCGGCAAGGCCGUCAUCAACGAGUUCUUGGUUCGAUAUGACAUGGACUUGAUAUGCCGGGCGCACAUGGUCGUGGAGGACGGUUACGAGUUCUGGAACGAUCGGACGCUCGUCACGGUAUUCAGCGCACCGAACUAUUGUGGAGAAUUCGACAACUACGGGGCAUGUAUGAGCGUGUCUGAGGAUCUCCUCUGCGCAUUCGAACUUCUCAAGCCGUUGGAUGGACCUGCGCUUCGCAAGGAAAUGACGAAAGCCAAACGGAAGAGGCAAGCAUCAUACUUCCAUUUCGAUGGCCACGACUACGUAACGUCACCUCAUGUUGUCAGCAUCACUCGCGUUCCAGGUUGUACAUUGCCCGCGUUUACUUGACAAGUGGUCGGUGUCAUGUGGGCAUGUCGUCUGUUGAACCAAUCAAGGACACUCCCACUUGCGGGUGUCAGAGCUGGAACAUUAACCCUUUGGGUGGAUCGAAUAGGAACUACCCUGCUGCCGCCAUACCACCUCCACCGUCUGUCCGUCUUUUCAACACGUUGAUAUCCCUCAUUUGGUUUUUGCUAGCAACUUUUUUC